AUGGCGAGAGCUCGAGCCGGCGGCCUCCUGCUGCUGCUGCGCGGCGCGGCGCUGGUGACGGUGGUGGCCGUGCUGCUGGGCGGCAUGGGAUGCGACGCGUCGGUGAUGCUGAUGGCGCCCAACGGGGACGACGAGAGCCACAGCGGCGCGGACGCGACGCUGUCGCCGGACGCCGUGGACGCCAUCAACAAGGCGAAGGCGGCCGUGGAGGCGCUCCCCGGGUGUGCCGGCAAGGUCUCGUGCGCGGACAUCCUCGCCAUGGCCGCACGUGACGUCGUCUCCCUGCUGGGCGGGCCAAACUACGCGGUGGAGCUGGGGCGGCUGGACGGCAAGACGUUCAACAGGGCCAUCGUGAAGCACGUCCUCCCGGGCCCCGGCUUCAACCUGGACCAGCUCAACUCCCUCUUCGCCCAGAACGGCCUCACCCAGACGGACAUGAUCGCCCUCUCAGCAAAAACUACUGUAACAAGGUCGGUUGGUCGCAGUACGAAGCAUCUUUCUCGUGCUCUCUGUGGCUCACGUGAGUUUAUCCUCUGGUUUGCGGCAAGACAAAGUGGUCCGCUGUUCUAUACUGCAACCGCUCUGUGCUUUUCGUAA